CGCCACGGCUGCACGGAGCCAAAGUUGCCGAGUCAGGAUGUAAGAGCGGCAGGGACACGGCUCUGCAGCAUCCCUGGGUGCUGCUGCAUCCCGGGGCGCGGAGCACUCAGCUGUUCCCGGGGACGGAGCUGGAAUGGGGUAGGAACCGGCACCCGCUGUGUUUGUCACAGCUGCUCCGCACUGGCACCGGCGCCGGCGCCGCUUCCCGGGUUGCUGCCAGCGGGGGUUCCUCUCAUUUUUGUUGCUUCCUGACUGCACAUCGCCGUUCCAGCACCGGAGCCAGGGCUGAGGCGGCGAGCGGCUCCGGGGAGCCCAGGCUGGCUCCAUGUAUCCCGAAUCCACCACUGACUCCCCGGCGCGACUCUCACUGCGGCAGACGGGCUCCCCAGGGAUGAUUUACAGCGCGAGAUACGGGAGCCCCAAGCGACAGCUCCAGUUCUACAGGAACCUCGGCAAGUCUGGACUGCGUGUGUCCUGCCUGGGCCUGGGGACAUGGGUGACGUUCGGAGGGCAAAUCACAGACGAGAUGGCAGAGCAGCUGAUGACUUUAGCCUACGACAACGGCAUUAAUCUCUUCGACACAGCAGAAGUCUACGCCGCCGGCAAGGCUGAGGUGGUGCUGGGGAACAUCAUCAAGAAGAAGGGGUGGAGAAGGUCCAGCCUGGUGAUCACCACCAAAAUCUUCUGGGGAGGAAAGGCCGAGACGGAGAGGGGCCUGUCCCGAAAGCACAUCAUUGAAGGUCUGAAGGCAUCGCUGGAGCGGCUGCAGCUGGAGUAUGUGGAUGUGGUGUUUGCCAACCGGCCCGACCCCAACACGCCGAUGGAAGAGACGGUGCGAGCCAUGACCCACGUCAUCAACCAGGGGAUGGCCAUGUACUGGGGGACCUCGCGCUGGAGCUCCAUGGAGAUCAUGGAAGCUUACUCAGUGGCCCGACAGUUCAACCUGAUCCCGCCCAUCUGCGAGCAGGCCGAGUACCACAUGUUUCAGCGGGAGAAGGUGGAGGUACAGCUGCCCGAGCUCUUCCAUAAGAUAGGUGUCGGAGCCAUGACCUGGUCCCCGCUGGCAUGUGGCAUCGUCUCGGGGAAGUACGAUGGGGGCAUCCCCCCCUACUCCCGUGCCUCGCUGAAGGGAUACCAGUGGCUGAAAGACAAGAUCCUGAGCGAGGAGGGCCGGCGGCAGCAGGCAAAGCUGAAGGAGCUGCAGGCCAUCGCCGAGCGCCUGGGCUGCACCCUGCCCCAGCUCGCCAUCGCCUGGUGCCUGCGCAAUGAGGGUGUCAGCUCCGUCUUGCUGGGUGCCUCCAAUGCUGACCAGCUGAUGGAGAACAUUGGAGCAAUACAGGUCCUUCCGAAGCUGUCGUCUUCCAUCGUCCACGAGAUCGAUAGCAUCCUGGGCAACAAACCCUACAGCAAGAAGGAUUACCGCUCCUAGGCGCGGCCGCGCCGCCCUCGCCGCCCGAUCGCUUGCUUACGCUUUGUUGGAGCGAAGUGGAGAGUGUGGUUGGCACCGCGAGCGCCGAGAGCCCUGCCCGCGCUGCCCUGGACCCUUGUACUGCUUCCACCCGAGGAAGGACCGGCUGGGAGCGCGGCGGGGCGAGUCCCAGGCCAUCCGGCCGCUCUGCCCACCGCGGGUGCCGCCGGCGUGGCGCAGAGCCCCGUUGCAUGCGUUGCUCCUGCCCACCGCGUGGCCGGAGGCGCUAGGCACGAGGCGUGAGCGGGUGCUGUACGCCCCUGAGGCCGACAACACGAAGCUGUUCCCCA